UAGACUAGACUAAACUAAUAGACUAGUUGUCUUUAUUCUAUCACUUCUACUUUUACAUUAGGUUAUGGGCCUUUUGUACUGUUUUUGGUAGAAUUGUCUCGCGAAAUACAACAAUAAUACAAGGUGCAUUUUUCAAACGCGAUGGCUUCAGCUUUAAAUUUUCCAUUCGAAAGGCUACGUGGACGUGAAAAUUUUGAUGUUUGGAGAAGACAUGCGAAGUCAUGUUUGGUAAUAAAGAAAUGUUGGAAAGUUGUGGAAAAAGGCGUAACUGGGGACAACGAUAAUGAAGCGAAUGAACUUGCUUUAGCGGAGAUAACGCUUAUGAUCGAACCCACCAAUUUUGCUCACAUUGCAAAAGCUAAAACGGCUAAAGAGGCUUGGGAUUCACUAGUACGUGCUUAUGAGGACACAGGAUUAACCCGGAAAGUUGAAUUGUUGAAACAGUUGGUGCAACUUAAGCUUGGCGAUUUUUCUUCAAUGCAAGAAUACGUUAAUGCAAUGAUUUUAACGUCAAUUAAGGUAAACAAUGCAGGUCUGAACAUCAAUGACGAGGUGACGGCUUCACUAAUGUUGGCUGGGCUGCCGGAAGAAUUCCAAUCAUUGGUGAUGGCAGUUGAGAAUUCAAAGACGCAGUUGACUGUUGAUUCUGUGAAGAACCUAUUGUUGCAAGAUGCGAAAUUUGACAAUGAAGUGUAUAAAGAGAUUAAUUCUGAAGGUGUCAAUUCUGGGGAAAGUACGUCAGUAGAAUUGCCAAUGGCGAGAGAACCAGAAAUAGAAAGUACUUCAGAAGAUUUGCCAAUUGCUGGAGAAUCAGAAAAUGAUAUAUUGGAUUUGCCACGAAAUGCUGAAAAUAAUUCAACAAGCAGUGAAGAUUUCUUUGAUAGCAUAAUGCUGGAAACAGGACACAAUGACGAAAAUUCAGAAAUCCCAUCGAUGGAACUUUCCGAAGCAGUAACUGAAAAUAUUCAAAUUCGACGUUCUGAGAGGAUAGCAAAUAGGCCUAAACGUUCAUUUGUAUUUAGUGCUUUGGAGUUCGUGUCUAAUGACCCAAUAAAUUUAUCUGAAGCAAUUUCAUCUCCUUAUUCUGAGGAAUGGAAGCAAGCUAUGAAAGAAUACGAUUGUCUGAUUGCAAAUAAAACUUGGAUUUUAACGGAUUUACCACCUGACAAGAAACCAAUUCCUGCAAAGUGGGGUUUUAAAACGAAAAUUGGUGCAAAUAACAAGGUAUUGCGAAGAAAGGCAAGGUUGGUGGCAAAAGGUUAUAGCCAAGAAAAAGGAGUAGACUACAACGAAAUUUUUGCUCCUGGGCAAGGCAUAUGAA